AUGCGACGCGAUUUCACUUGGACAUUUACCGUGGCCAACGUGAAGGUACCCAUCCUCGGCUCGGAUUUCCUGGCGCAUUACGCACUGGCGGUCCAUAUGAACCCUAGGACUCUGUCCGAUACGACUACGAAUCUCCGUGUCUUAGGUACCCCUACACGUCAAGGCUCCACAGGAAUCAGCGUCGCAACAUGCCAUGGUCGCGAGUACUUAGAUCUCCUGACGCAGUUCACGGAUAUAACGCUGCCACUCCAAACGUUUUCAAAACCAACAUCUCCUUUCGUCGAGGAACUCCGCCACAAAAUGGCCCGGCUUAAAUAUGCAACUCCGCGACAGCAACCGGUGAAUUCGUACAUCCCUCAACACUUGCGAGAUUGCAAAUUCGUUUUCGUACGGAACGACGCCGUGAGACGACCACUCACGCCGGCAUACCAAGGUCCUUUUCAGGUUCUUCGACGCACCGACAAGCACCUUACGAUCAAGCGCGCCAACUCGACCGACACCAUCGCAAUCGAUCGGACCAAGCCUGCUUUUCUGGAGAAGCGACAGUAUGACGCAAACCCGGCUCUGCGGCCCCCUAAUGCUAUUCCAGCGCACCCAACAGACGCAGCAGACGCAGCACCGCAGACAUCAAACGACACCCCAGCGACUCCUGUGCGGCAGACCCGAUCCGGUAGGAGGGUCACUUUCCCUAAAGACCUUCGUAAAUAUUAUUAUUAUUAA